UUCGCCUAGGGCACCAUUUCAGCUAAGGCCGGCCCUGCCCUUGCUCUCCUGUUAAUUUGCAGUCCAGACACCAUUAUUGACUGUUUUCUUUCAUUAAUCAGGUUCCACUUAAAUAACAGCACACAAUUAAUGAUUUUUGUAGAAAACUUUUCUACAGCCUCCCUCCUAAAUAAGCCGUUCUCCCCGUUUUGAGGAAGUGCUUCAACUGAUAAACUGUAAUUUACCGCAAUUUGUCCACUAAUGUUCUGGCGUCCCCAUCCCCAUGUGCCGCGGAUACUUGCUUCGUGAGCAUGCUCACCUCUGCCUGUUAACGUUGCAGCUGAGCUUUUAAUCUUUUUUUUCAGUGUUUCUGCGUGGGUCGAUAAAUCUCCUUUGUCUGUUUUGUAAGGCCAUGAUAAAAUGUAUCUGUUGACGUAUGUUUUAAAUGCUGCAGAUGAGGUUGUCUUUUUUUUAGAAAUUGUCAUUAUCUAACAGCCAGCCUAACUAUCACUGACUUUAAUCCACUUGCAUUUGUGAUUCAUCAUCAAACACUUAAUGUAGCCAGUUUGUCGCGCUUGACGCUUUCAUGCCCCCAUCAAAAAUGGCGACCCCCUUAUCCAGCUCUCUUUCCAGGGGCGUGACUGCCGUUAGGAGUCGGAGUAAAUUCUCCGACGUUCAAUGUACAAUCUCCAUGGUUACGCCCGCUCUUGCCCUGCACGCUUUUCUCUACUAUCCAAGAGCGCCCUUAAAGGAGUGGGACUGAGUUGUGAAGUAUUUUGCUCUGGUUGGACUUGUUUACUUUUUUGGUAUACAUUAAUUUCCAGCAUCGACAACUUCAUUUUCUGGACUGGGGGUUGUGUAUCUUUUGGGUUCCAAGAAUUCAACAGAAAUGGAAAAUUUCAUUCUUUAUGAGGAAAUUGGCAGAGGUAGCAAAUCUGUUGUUUAUAAAGGCAGACGGAAAGGCACCAUCAAUUUUGUUGCCAUUCUUUGCAUUGAUAAGUCUAAAAGAGCUGAAAUAACAAACUGGGUGCGGCUUACACAUGACAUCAGACAUACAAAUGUGGUUACAUUUUAUGAGUGGUACGAAACCAGUAAUCACCUCUGGCUUGUCACAGAGUUAUGCACAGGAGGAUCCCUGGAAAUGGUUAUUUCUCAAGAUGAAUACCUACAUGAAGAUGUGGUCAGAGAAUUUGGUGCUGAUUUAGUGACAGGAUUGCACUACCUUCAUGAACUAGGAAUAUUAUUCUGUGAUCUUAACCCAGCUAAGAUAUUGGUUGAUGGUCCUGGUACCCUGAAAUACAGCAACUUUUGCUUAGCUAAAGCAGAAGGGGAGAACUUGGAAGAAUUUUUUGCUAUGGUUGGAUCUGAAGAAGCUGGUGGUGACAGUGGUGAAAUCACACCUAGAAGAAAUCUGAGAAAUCGAGUCAGAGGGUCUCCAGUUUACACAUCUCCCGAAAUAGUAAAAGGUGCAGAUUUCUCUAUCGCAAGUGACCUGUGGUCUCUAGGUUGUGUGUUAUAUGAGAUGUUUUCAGGAAAACCACCAUUCUUCUCUGAAAGUUUUUCAGAAUUAGUGGAACAGAUUGUUCAUGAAGAUAUAACUCCACCCAAACCAAAAGGACUGACUGCUCCUAAAGCAUCACAAGAAUUUAUUAAUCUGCUUAAUGGCCUGCUUCAAAAAGAUCCUCAAAAAAGACUGGAUUGGAAGAGUUUGCUACACCAUCCUUUCUGGAAAGGAGCCUUCAGUAGGGAUGAGGAAGUUUCCAUGGAAGAGAGAGACAGGAAUUCAAGUGAUGGCGAUGAAAGCAUUUCAUCUGAAGAGCUUGAUAAUCUACCAGAGAGCACUUCUGAAAUACAGAUGUCUCCUGUGAGGCCAGACAGCAGCCACCAGCCAAAUAAAUCUUUCAGAUUAGAAAAUGCAUCUGAACUGAGACCAAAAAGUGCACUAGAUGGUGAAUGUAAUGAGAUGUUCCUGCUCAGCUCUCGUCCCGUUCACAGAAGUAGUGCUGCUAUAGGACUUAACAGCAAUAUUAAUGAGCCACCACAUAAUUCUGCAUUGCAGUUUUCAACUUUACCAAAGUCUGAAAUUAGCUACUCCAGUCGUCAGCUGAUGGAAUCCAAGAUGAAAGAACUCAUCUAUAUGGAAUCUGAUCUUACUGUAACCCCUAUUAUUGACAAUCCUAAGAUUCUGAAACAAAUCCCCAUACGAUUUGAUGCUAAAACUUUGACUGUACCUUCAUACUCAGCAGAGAAACUGGCAUCCCUGAAUGAUCAGGACUGGCAUAAUUUCAUUCAGCAGUUGUGCUCUUUAAUUGAUUCCAGUGAGAAAACCAUAGGGGCCCAAAGAGCAAAGCUGAACAUUCUUUGCUAUCUGUGUACAGUAGCUGGCAACAAAGAAGUAGCAAAGAAGCUAAUCAACUCUCAAGUGUUCCCUUUGUUGACCCAACAGUUACGUGCAGCUCCAAACUGGGACAUUCGUGCUAAGGCGGUUCGAGUAAUUGGAUUGAUGGCUUGUCAUACAGAAGAUCUCAGGGAAGAUGUGCCAGUCACCGAGGCAGUCACAAUGUUAACUGAGCUGGUAAGAGAAAAUUUUAGAAAUGGCAAACUAAAGCAGUUGAUAAUACCAUCCUUGGGUGAGAUCCUUCAUCUCAUAGCUAAACAGGAUGAGAAGAGAGAUCACCCUAGAGAAUGCUGGCUUGUUCCCUCGACUGCCUACACUGUACUAAUGAGAUGUCUUCGAGAAGGGGAAGAGCCUGUUGUGAAUCAUAUGGCUGCCAAGAUUGUUGAAAAUGUGUGUACUACAGUCUCUGUUCAAGCUGAAGGGUUCAUCACUGGAGAAAUUGGUCCAAUGCUUUGGUAUCUCUUCACACAUUCUACUGUGGAUUCACUGAGAGUCACAGCUAUUUCAGCAUUAUGCAGGAUCACUCGCCAUUCACCUAGUGCAUUUCAGAGUGUUAUUGACAAGGUGGGAUUGACAGCAGUUGUAAGUGCCAUGGUAACUGGCAUUAAUCGUGUCCAACAGUACAUGCUAACAAUGUUUACAGCUAUGCUGUCUUCUGGAGCUCAUGUUCAACGACUGGUUCAAGACAAGGAGUUCGUCACCAAAGUAGUUCGUCUGUUAGAAAGCCCUUUAAUAGCUAUUCGAGCCAAAGCUUUUCUGGUAUUACUGCAAGUUUUAAUGAACAAUAGGGAAAUGCUUUUGCUAUGCUGCCAUGCAAGACUGGUUAUGUACAUUGAAAGAGAUAUCCGGAAAGCCACACCAGGAAAGGAACAACAAAGCCACUGUGAAUACCUGUCAAAAUGCCUCGAUCUACUGAUUAGCCACAUUGUAAAUGACCUACCUGGAUUUUUAGGUGGUAUCCUGUCUGCAUUAUCUAAUGUUGCUGGCCGUAAGCACCCAUCGACAGUGCAGUCCAAACAGCUCAAGAUGUGUCUACCUAUGAUGCCUAUAGUGCUGCAUCUUGUGACAUCACAGGUCUUCAGACCCCAGAUUGUGACAAAAGAGUUUAUCUGCACUUAUGGAGAUUUGCUGAGCCAUGUCAAAUCUGUCGACUCUGGGGAUAUCAAUUUAGAGAAUGCUGUAGGUCAGGCUGCCUCUGAAGAAUUCAUCAGAACUUCCUUGUCAGUAUUUGAAGCUGUAACUCAGCAUCCAGUGUUGUUGACCCAGAAUUGCACCACAGUUGUGGAUUGCAUCCUCCCACCCUUGGUUGCCUUGGCACUUAGUCAGAAUGUGGAAUGGAGAAUCUUCAGCUUGAGGCUGCUAUCAGAAACCACAUCACUACUGGUGAGCCACGAUGCCAUUGCAGAGGAGACCAGGGAAAACCUUGAUAUAAACAGCAAACUUCUGUCUCUCAUUAGAGAUUCCCUGCUUCUACAAUAUGAACGUAUUCUUGUGGAGCCAGAUCCAGCACCAGCAUAUGCUUUGAAAUUACUUGUGUCCCUGACAGAACACAGUGCCAGUUUUAUCAGGCUUAUUGAAGAAAUGCAACUAAUUCCUCUCCUUUUCCAAGUGAUUAUAGAUCACCAGGAUAAUGUGCAGGGAAGUGCCAUGCAAAAUGUGAUAUCAUUACUGAACAAUAUGCUGGCUGAUGAAGGUACAGACAUAAAACUGCUUUAUGAUCAAGGACUAGUGGAUCAUAUCUGCAAUAUUUUUAUUGAAAGCACUGCUUUGCACCUAGAAACUGAAGAUAAAAAUAGUACUAAGGCUACUAAUACUCUUUUGCUUUUUUUACUGGAUAUUUUACUCCACGUGCUGAAAUAUGCAUCCAGUGUUGUGCGUCUGACACUACAGGCCCAGAAAUCUGGCACAGGAGGAGACACCCACGGCGCUGAGGAGCUUCUGCUUAUCAAUAAACCACUGACAGACCUAAUGAGCCUGCUUAUUCAGCUGCUUUCCAGUGAGGAUUCAGAGGUGUAUGAAAAUUCAGUGCAGUGCCUGUCACUCUUGGUUCAGCUCUAUGGAGGAGAGAACACUGAAUGUAUGUCUUCAGAAGGCAUGGUCAGCUUUGCUGAUGCAUUUGCAUCCAGGAGGGAUCCCAAACAGCAGAAGUUAUUACUUAAGAUAAUCAAAAGAUUAAUCACUUCAAAUGAAAAACUAUUAGACAGUCUAAAGAAUGAGGGAGAUGUUCUUAUUCAGGCUUUGAAACGACUCGCUCAUACUGCCAGCUCUCAUGCUGAUAUUGCUGUAGCAUCAUUGGCUUUUGAAAUUCUCAGAUCCCUUGGACAGUGAGGAAGAAGUCAUCUCUGUAGGACAGAAUGAUCUGCUUACAUGUCUGCAGCUAUACCCAGUGAAUGCAGUGGAAGGGAAUAAGAGAACACUAGUGUCACCCGUAUCCAUUACGGAAAUGGUAUUAAACAUUGCAGCAGUUUUGUACUCAACCCUUGUCUACAGUUUUUAAACAAUUUUUGUGGAUGCAGAUAAUCUAAGCAGAGUUAGGGCUCCCAUACAUGUUAUGAAAUGUCAUUCUUAAAAUAAAUGGUGGUUACAGUAAAUCAGUUUAGUACUGCCAUUUCUGUCAGUGAUUUUCUUAUACAUUCACUAGGUCAUUGCAGAUAUGCAGCUGUCCUCUUAACUUAAGUGGCAUGGUCUUGAGUUUGUUUUCAGACUGGGAGGGAAUUUGCCCUUUAAACAUUCAGUGUGCUAAGCUGAAAUGUGGGAGUUAGCAUAGACAGCUUAGUACAUUCAUUUUUUCACAAUGUUAGCAGUAGCUAUAUGUAGACUGCAUCUACAUGUCAGAAUAGCUUAAAUGAAUAAUUAGAAUUCCUUGAGCAUCACAAGACAGAAUCUUCCAUAGUACUGAUAUACAAAUCAAAUAAGGGGAUAUUGUACGAUCCAUCGAGUCAUUUGCCAUGCAUUCCAAAGAAACUCAGUAGUUCAGUUUUGUGCACUGCUGCAUAAAUAAGCCUGUCUGUUCUGUGAUUAAUAGCUACAUAUCUCUGUGGUCUUAGCCUUUUGGCAAGAAAACAGUUUCUGCAACAGCAUAUUGAGUUAUAACAUUUUUGAACCAGAAGAAUUAAAAAUGCCAAAUGAUUGUCAUGUAAACAGUGUGUUCAUUUUGUUAAAUCUGUUUCUGUGUGAACAAAAGCAGGGUUACAUUACGAUACACAGUUGGUUGUCAAAAAGCCAUAAUUUUUUUUCACAGAAUUAAUCCAAGAAAGCAUAACUUUAAAAGAACACUCUUUCAGAAUUCAUGAAAAAUACAAUACACUAUUUACUAACUAUUGGCAGUUGUCUUACACAUUUCCACAAAAGAGAAGUUAACAGUUUGAAAGGAAUAUGUUAUAUGAAUGUAUUUUUUGUAUAUAAUGUAAAAAUGUGAACUGUAAUUUACAGUCAGCAGCUAUUGUAGUAUGAUGAACAUUGUAACUUUUAAUAAAAAUAUAAACUAACUGAAUAUUGUUUUCAUUGUGGAUUAAAACACAAAAUGUAUAGAAAUAUCAGUGAGCUUUUUCAGGAGCCUUAUUGUCUUACAUGUGUUGUUAUAGUAAGCUGAAUCACAAAAUCAUUAAAAUGUGUAUAUUUAUUGUUAAUGACUUCACAUUAUUUUUACUGUUUUGUACUGAAGAAAAUUAGAAUUGCGCUAAUGUUUAAUUAAAUUACAAGAAUAAACCGUUCAUGAUUUAAA